GAACACUUACAUGCCUGUUCUUGAUUAAUCUCCGUCUAUAAAAUCCUCGUUCCCCAGCUAAUCCAUUCACCAUUUCCAUCAUAAACCAUCCUUUAAGUCUUUGAGAAAUGGCUUCAAGAGCUGUAGACUCCAUUGCCUUGCUGCUCUCCCUCAACCUUCUCUUCUUCAGCAUGGGGAGCGCUGCGACUUGCCCUGUGGAUGCCCUAAAGUUCAAAGUAUGCGCCAAUGUGUUGGGUCUAAUUAAGAUCCCACCAGAGGCACCUUGCUGCAGCCUCAUUGCCAAUCUUGUUGAUCUUGAAGCUGCUCUUUGUCUUUGCACUGCCAUCAAAGCUAAUGUCUUGGGCAUUAAUCUCAACAUUCCCGUCGACUUGAGCCUGGUGCUCAACAAAUGCGGCAAGAAGGUUCCAGAAGGAUUCCAGUUUCCAUAAGUCCUUUUUGUUUAAUUGAUUGCUUUGUUUG